UCGAGUGGUAUGUAUAGUGCAUGACUCUACAAGUGUCAAAACAACACAAUUUCACCGGUUGUAGAAAGAUUUGUUUCUUUUGUUUAAUUUAUUUCUUCCAGGAAAUUCAAAGCGGAAGCGGUUAAAGGUUUGUCAAACAUUGCAAGAAAAUUGGAGAUCGAUGCAUCGCGAUUAUAUUCUUAGCAAUUUAAAUGAGAUUUAUUAAUUUGUAUUCGAAGCAGAGAUAAUUAUAGAGACCAGAGAGACUUAAUUUCCGAUUAUCUAUACAAUAAUUUCUUUAAUUUUGAGAAUUUAUAAAUUACCCGUUAUAUAUAUUGAAAAUGUUAAAUCAGGAGGUGUCGGAAUUUUUACAAAACCAAAUAGAAUUUUACUUAAAAGACAAAAAUCUUUCGAAUUUAAAAUUUAACUUUUCGAGUGCAUGUAAUGAUGGUGAAAAUUUUUUUGGCUCAUUGUAUCGCGUUAGAGUUAAUGGCGAGAAGAAUGGUGAAAAUGAAGAGUUGAAUUUAAUUGUUAAAUGUGUUCCAACCGAUGACGAGUUGAGAGAACUUUUAAGAGAUCGAGAUAUAUUUCUCAAUGAAAUUGCUUUCUAUGAGGAGAGAUUUCCACUUAUUAGGAAUUUUUUGAAUGAAUUUAAUUUACAAUAUCAUGACUGUCCGACUUACUAUGGAGGAUGUAAGACACCAAAGAAAGAGCUCCUGAUUUUGGAAGAUUUGAAACCUGAAGGAUUUGUUUUGAAAGAAACAAAAUUAUUAGACUAUCAACAUGCAGUUAUUGCAGCAAGACAUCUUGGAAGGUUUCACGCUUACAGUUUUGCCCUUCGAGAUAAAAAACCCAAAGAAUUUGAGAUUUUGCAUAAAAUUAAGGAACCUUUUUUCUUUGAGUCUGGCUGUUAUACUAAAAAUUUUGACCUCCUUAUGGAAGCUGCUGUUAAGGCUGUGGAGAACGAAGAAAACCAUUACGUCGACAAAGUUAAACGACUCAGGGAAAAUGCACAAGGAAUUAUUGAUUACGCAUGUGUUGGAAAAAAUGCAGAACCUUAUGGUGUCCUUCUUCAUGGUGAUUUAUGGACAUACAAUAUGUUAUUUAAAUACAAUCAAAAAUUGGAACCAGAAGACGUACGUUUCCUGGACUUUCAAUUAAAUAGAUACGGUUCCCCAGCGAUUGAUAUUCACUACAUGUUCUAUAUUUGUCUCAUGCAGGAAAUGAGAGAAAAAUAUUACGACGAAUUCCUACAUCAUUAUCAUGAUUCAUUAGCUGAGAUGCUAAAAAAAUUGGACUGUGAUGUUGAAAAACUUUUUCCAUUCAAAGCUCUUUUGGAACAUUUGCAACGUUUUGGUCGCUAUGGCGCUUGUUUGUUCGUCAGAGAUAUUUGUCUUGCAACCGCUCGACCUGAAGACAAUCCACAACCAAUUUAUCAUCUCGAUUUUCUUCGAACCCUACCAAUGCUUUUGAAUACCAAUAAACUCUAUUUUGAAAUGUUGAGAGAUGCACUUAAAGACAUGGUAGAUAGAAACUACCUGUAAAUUAUAUAAUUUUAAAAAAUAAUAAUUUAUUGUCGAAUUGAGAUUCUUGUGAUCACUAUAGAUGUCAACAAUGGUAUGAAAGUAUGACUCAUGUGUUAGAAUUUUGGUAAUUGAGAUAAGACUUCAGUUCGAUUAGAGUCGUCAAGCUGAGUGCAUAAGACGAUUGUUUUUCACAAAUGUUAAUUUUUUUUUAUUUAUUAUUAUUAAGUCCAACAGUUACAACCAAUAACCAAUUGUAUGUCAUUACAAAAUCAGAAAUAAGGAAGAAAAUAAUUAUGUGCUAUGGAAAGUAGAGUAUUAAUAAUUCACAAAACUCAAUAUAAUCUUUUUUUUAGAAAUUUGAGGUUGAAUAUAAACUAAUAUAAAGAUAAUAUUAAACCAAACGGAUUGAACUGAAAACUUGUUACAAUUAAUAAAUUCAUUAUUAUAAACUCUA